GCGCAGCAGCCUCGCUCUGGCGCGAGGCCUCCAUUCCCAUUGGACACCCACAGCGUUCCACUUCUUUGCACGUAGGGAACGCAGGACGCAAACGGCUCGACCACGCGUUCCCUUGUCUCGCGCUCUCCCCUUCCUCCCCCCCAGCCCCCAAAGAGGAGGAGGAGGAGGAGGAAGGGGGAUUUGGCGUCGCGCGCUUUCCCGGGGGCUGACUGGUGGAGCGCGCUGGCUCUCACGCUCUCCCCCUCCCGGCACACGCGUUCUGAUUGGCCGCGGCCACCGUUCUUCGGGGACGGUUUAACUGCAGCAGCCCGGCAGCGAGGCUCAGGGAGAAAACAAAACAAAGGAGCCUAGCGGCGCGGGAUGCCUCGGCCACCUCUCGGGCCCGAGGGGAGGAGACUCGGGCCCGGCCCCCGGCUCCCCUGAUGACCCUGGGCGCUCCAGCCGCCGCUGCCGCGGGGAGGACGCCCCUGAGCCUGGGGAGGGGGACGGACCCCCCCCCCCCCCGGCGCACGCAGAGCCACCACCUGAGCGGGGCAUGAGGGGCCACUGACACUAGACCCGCCCCUGGCCCCAGCGACGGAGGCUGCUCCUUCCCCGCGCCAAGCCAGCCCCCCGCGGAGGGAGGGAAGGGGGGGGCCCACAGCUGCGCGGAGCCCGCGGGGGUCCGGCCCGGGCAGGCGAGCCGCCGGUGAGUACCCAGCCCGCGCAGCGAGCCCGGCAACCUCUCCCCCAACCCGAGGGACCCGCCACCGCCGCCCCGGUCCGUAGCCAGCCGUGGCCUUGCCUCCCCGCGCCUCAAGGACCCGGCGGCGGCUUUUGGUGCGUCGGCGAGGCGGGAAGCCGAGGUAACUUUCCUGGCUUGGCCCGGCGGGCUCGGGCUCUAUUUAUAGCGCCUGGAAGUGACGGCAGAGCUGCCCGACCGGCUGCAGCCGCCGUGUUACCGGGCGGAUUGUGAGGCUUUGCAUUGCUGCGGGGGUAGCAGACCAGAGGGCGCCGCGGCUCCAGAGGGCGGCUCGCCCCUUCCCAGCCCGGCGGAUUCCCGAUAGUUCGCCCCUAGCUGUCCCAGCGCAGCGCCCGACCCGCCUCCCCGGCUGGAGCGGGCUAACUCGGCCAACCCCCGCGGGCAGGCGCCUGCCAGGCGCGGGGCUUUGUUUGUAAACAGUGGGGACGCUGCGAGCCCUUUCCAUGGUCCUACGGUGCGAUCCGAGGCAGGCCGCGGCGCACAGAGGCUGCAGGGAUCGCCGCUGGGGCCGGAGGUCGCUUGGCCGGACUGCAGAGCCCUGACGGAUCAGGGUCCCCCUCACCUUGCAUGCAAAGCCCUGUGAAAUCUCCCCCUCCCCCGGCUGCUGCUGCACAACCGUGCCCAGGGCUGAGGCGCGGGCAGGCUGAAGGGACUGGUCUCUGUUCCCUUCUUCGCUGCUGCGGCUUUUAUGAAAAGUUACAUUGUCCUGUAAGCCUCGUAGAUACUGUUGCAAACGAAAAGCAGCACCAUUUACACAGGUAACUUUGCGCGCUGAUACUGAGGCUGAAAACUCAUUUGCAAAACGAGCUUGAAAUGGGAACAGAAGAAAAAUCGCUUACUAUUUAAAACUUUCCAGGGGGGAAACCAAGAUCGAUCUGUGGAGGUAACUUUCAGCUUAAUUGUGUUUGUUUUAAUUUAUCUAUACACUGGCUACUAAAAAUCAGGAAUGAGAUUUAAUAAUUGUCGAUAUGUGUUUUGCUUGAGCUGAAAACAUGGAACCGUAUCUGAUUAAAUUGACUUUCGUGCGUUUCUUUUUUAAAAAGUGUACUCGAAUGGCAGUUUGUGCAUUUAAAACAAAAAACCCUGUCGGGCUUGUUGGUGCCAGACAAAACGUUCAUUUCCCCCCUUCCCGCAUUUUUGUAUUGAAUGGAUUAGGAGAGAGGCCCCUUAAAUAGUCAGGAGCCUUGAGUUAACUAUUUUCUACUUUAUUUUAUUUUUGUCAUUACAAUUCCUGGUGUGAGGCUUGAGUUGAGCUUACUAAGAGUGGUGCGAAAACAGCCUAGACAGUCAUUCAACUGAAUUAACUACUAAGUUGUCAAGAAACCGAUAUAUUUUGGUUGAAUUAAUAUAUCUAACUUAAGGACUGGGAAUUUUAGUCUGUAGUUGCCUUGUUGCUGAGUUAGGUGCCAAACUUAAAUUCAUUUCAAAUCAGGAAUAGGUUUGAGAAGUCUCUUGUUUUAAAGCAUGAAAGGGGAGUCAAAGGUUUACACACAACUCUAUAAGAUAACCUCUCCAAAAAAUAAGCUGUUAGGAAUAACAAUGAGAAAUGUUACGAAGAUGGCAUGUUUAUUAAAUGUUAAAAGCUUUGAGCUACAAGUCAGCUGCUAUCCUUCUUAAACAAGAUAGACUAAAAUGUUCAGUUACAUAGAUCUGAAAUUCCAGUACUAAUGUCGGUUACCUGGUGGAUAAUCGUACUGUCCUUAGACUACAUCUGCUUUAACAUGCUUCCUCUCAUUGUUUGUUUACACAUCCGGGAGCAUGGUUGGGGACUGCCCACUUCAUUAGGAUUGGCUGAUACUUGGCUACCAUAUUUGGACAUCCCAUUCAGUGAUGUCAUGCUGCUAGAUGGCAGCAGAACUGAAAUUACAUGAUGAAAUCUAUGAAUUGUUGUGACUGUUUCUCUUGUGGCAUCUGUGUGGAAAGUGCCACACACACUCCAGAACAACAACGGCUUUUGCUUGCAUUUUCCAGUGUUUUUUUUGUCAGCGAGUUCAGCAAAGUUGUAAUUCUUCAAGUGCCAGCCCUGAGCUGAGUGAGGAGCCACCAGCAGAGAUGGUAAAAAUGACAAAAUCAAAAACGUUCCAGGCUUACCUGCCGAACUGUCACCGAACCUACAGCUGUAUCCACUGCAGAGCCCACCUAGCCAAUCAUGAUGAAUUGAUUUCCAAGGCAAGUGAUUUGUUUAGAGACUUCAUGUGGGGUUUUUUAACCAAAAUUGUUGUCAGUACUUCCAAUACAUAAGUGGUAUAAAUCUGAUGCAUACUUCAAAGUAUCUUCCCAAGAGCUCCAUUCUUGGGUCAUAGGUGCAUUAUACUGAGGAAUGGAUGUUUUCUGGAAACUUCGUGUAAAGCCCCAUCUUCGUAACCCCCCACGAAUAACAGUUAACCUGAUGCUACAACAGAGGUUAUGUGACUUAGGAGUGCAUCUCAUACCUAAUUCUGCAUUCAAAGAGCUUCAGCUGAAGUCUUUUCAGGGAAGCCAGGGAAGAGCCUACCUCUUUAAUUCUGUGGUAAAUGUGGGCUGUGGUCCAGCAGAGGAGAGAGUUCUUUUGACAGGUUUACAUGCUGUAGCAGAUAUCUAUUGUGAAAACUGUAAAACCACUCUUGGAUGGAAAUAUGAACAUGCUUUUGAGAGCAGUCAGAAAUACAAAGAAGGAAAAUUUAUCAUUGAACUUGCCCAUAUGAUCAAAGACAAUGGCUGGGAGUAAAUUAAAAGCAUUUUUUCACUCUGUUUGGACAAUAUUCUGUGGAACAUGCUUUAUACAGACUAAUGCAAAUGAAAGGAGGAUUUUGGCUGAGGUGGCUCUGAGAAUAUCACUGAACUUUGCAACCUCACAAAUGAAUAGUGUAGUUUAUGUGGCUCUUUCAGGCCAUGUUUGCCUUUUUCUCCUUGUGUAAGUUCCCUCUUUUUGUAUAUGUAUUCUUGUGUGAACAGUUGUUUUGGAACAUUUUGGAUGACCUUUUUCUAAACUCUCAAAUUCUAGAGAAACAGUUCGCUAACUGCAAAUGAAUUUUACUGGUUAACAUCUUUAUUUGACCUAUGCCUUUAAUGCUACCUUUGCUGUGCAUGCUUCUUGCCUAAACACCUACACCAAAUCUAGCAGAAGACUGAUAUGAGUAGUCCUGAAGAAUGUAUGGGCUGGGGGUGUCUUUUUAUAUGUAGCAAUUUCUGAUAUCUCUGGCAGUAAAAGGGAUGCAGUAUUAGAGUAUUCAUUAAUUGCUUUUUAAAAUUUGGGAGUACCAUAAUCUGUGUACAUCUUGCAGGCAAGUAAAUUAAAGAUACAGUGCUCAUUUAGAAAUCUUUCAGUUGCACUGACUCAAUUUAGUAGAUCUUAAGUUUUGCAAAAAUGAAUACAUUAAUAGUUCAAUAUUUUUAGUGCAACUCAUUUACAAGGAUACUAAGGCAGUGAUACUGUAGAAUAUAUUUAAUCAACAUAAUUGCAUUCCUUACCCAGCAAACUUGUCUUGAAGGGAGAAGUUGAUAAUAUUACAGCCUGCAAGAUCAAAGGGCACAAAAAUAUAUGCAUCUUGUAUUUAUAAAAAAUUAGUCAGUGUAAACAAGUUUUUGGUACUGCACCUUUUAACAGUAACAGGGACUUGUGCAUCAGUGAAGUUUUAUGGCUGGUUCCAUGUAGCUGUGUAGUCUAAUGCACUGGACAAAGAGGUUGUUAUAAAGAAAAUUCAUUGAAAUAUUCUGCUUUUGCUACACUUUAACAAAAAUAUAGUUAUUUUUUGUGUGACAAGAGGCCAGAGCUAUGAGAUGGAAGUUAGUAACAGUACCUGCAGAAGAGUGGGGGUUGGUAGAUGGGCAGGAAAGUGUGAAGUUGACUUCAUUUCUUCAUAAAAUAGAAUAGCAAGAUAAUUUUUACUAUAAAAAAAAUAAAAAGGGGUUUGUUGGUUUGCUGGAUAAAUCAUCCCCAGAGACAUUUUCAUAAUAAAAUUUAUAUAAAGCUCGCAUCCUUUCUGUUUUUUGUUUUUUUCCAGCUGCUUCUUAACUGGAGUGACUUAGUAAGAAAGCCUUCUGUAGAUGUGUAUCCACAAAAUUUACUAUUGGGUUUUGUGCAUGCACUUUCAGAGAAAUUUAAAAAAAAUUAAUCUUGUGUCUUGUAUUCAUUGCUAACUUUAUCAAAUGAGAAGUAUUUGUGGAGGACCUUUUGUACUUAGCUCCCUUAAUGCUUGAGGACAAAAUGGUUGGCAGCGUCUUUUACAUUAACACUACAUAAGUACUAUGAUGGAAUGAACAAUAUGAAAGCCUUACAAUAGAAUAGAGGUUAGUUUUCUUUUAAUAACUAUUUUAACAUGGCAUUUGUGAAGUUUGCAAUGUGUGCCAUUGCUGCUGCUGUUACAUUUUGGGUAAAUCUCUGACAGGCUUUCAAAACUCUACUGCACUUUAUUACCAGACAUCAUUCAUUUACAAGCAUGCCAAUGACUAGGAGCGAUGCAGAAGCUGUCCAUCAGGAGCUGUGAUAAUGAACCUACAGAAGUUAAAUUUUAAAAGGUAGAAACAGGAAAAACCCUUGGGCUUAAGUCCAAAGAACUGGUCUAGUACAAUUGGGUCCAAUAUGGAUUUUGUGGGGUGGCUUAUAUUGCUCCUCCAAAAUCAAGAAUUAGAUUGGACCCAGGAGUCCCCUUUAUCUGAAUGUCAUUGGCACAAGAUGGUCAUCUGUUGCUGCCAUCUGUUCAAUCUGAAAGAACCUGGAAUUCUGUUUUGUUUGGGCUAUUUUUCAAUUUUCCUCUAGUAUAAUGUCCGUUGCCAACAAUGAAAGCACCGAAACAGCCAUCAACAAGGGGUUUGUGUUAGCUUCAAAGCCUAAAUGUAACACCCAUGGAGAUGUCUAUAGAAAAUAUAUAUUUUCUUUGUCUGGCUACAGACUCAAGAAGAAUUACACUGAGUUGAAGGAAAAAACACCAUGACCCUUCACUAUAAAAAUGAGAGUACAAAUUUAAGGUUAAUGUUUUCUUUUUACAAGAGAGAAAAAUCUGUAGUAAUAUUUUAAAUAGUGGAUUUGGAUGUUUCAUAUCAAUGAGCUUUUUUUUAAAAAAAAAAAAAAAACUAGAAAAGAUAUUCUUAUUUAGAUGCUCAACCUCUUUUUUCAGUGCAUUAUUUAUUUGUAUUUCAUACUGGACAUUUUCACCAAAACCUUAAUUACCCUUGAUGCCAAAGGUUGGGAUUUCAUUAAGUGCUUAGCACCUAAAACUUCAGCUACUGGCAUAAGGAGUUGAUGUGAGUUAUGUAUAAUGUUAUGGCUUUUAAGAGAACCAAAUAAAGCAAUAUUCUUAUUAGUCUUUUGAGGGGGGGUAAAAGGGAGUAGAGAAGGAGCUAUAACUAAUACAAAAUUCCUACUGCACACUACUAUGUAAUAAUUCUUUAUGCUUGCUAUGAUAUCUGGGAGUAUGUGAACCUUUUUUUCUUAUUGCUUGACUUGAGCAGUGAUUCUUUGAAACAAUUCUCCCAUUGUAAAGAUGUGGAGAAUUACGCCUAAUGGUUUUGGUGAAAGUUGGUUCCAGAUAUUAAUGGCUGCUGGUUGAUGUGAAGAGGUCAGUCUGGUCACUGAACCUUCCAGCAGUACAUUAAAAAGAAAAACUUACUUGAAGAGAAUUCUAGAAAACAUUUUCCCUCUAACCUUUUUUUUUUUUUAAUAUAUUAAGAUUAUAUUUAAAGGUUUUGUGUGUUCAUUCUGGGCAAGUUUACUUCCUCUCCCACUUGAGCACUUUUGUUACUUGUACUGGUUAUUUUUAUUGUUGGUCUUAACAUUUAUUUUGUAUUUUUUUUUUUAUAAAGUGUAACAAAAAGCUUUUGUGAACUCUUGUUUCAUGCUAGCUCUUUCUUGGACCAAAUGAACCAACUACGAGCUGGCUUCUUGGAAAGAAUGUUCAUUGGGAUACAUAAGAAUAUGCUAGCAAAAAAUAUACAUGUAUUGAAAGGAUUUUCUUUUGAACCCAUAAAAGCAAUGGCUGUCCAAAAAUAAUUAAGCAUCAUAAUUUGACAUGAUUUUGGAAUCUGGUGACACAUUUUUCAUUGUCUAGGCCCUAAAUAGUGGCUGUAACACUGGUGUUACAAUAUUGAGAGUCUGCUUCAAAUGCCAGUAUUCUUUCCUUGGUUUAUAACUAUGGACACCUUUUUAACCAAUGAAAGGCAAUACUGUCAUUUACAAAAUCUUAAGUUGUAAAAGUUCCUGUAAACUGUCUGACAGAAGUAGGGAGGGCUUGCUGACACAUAAGCCUUACCACUUUUGCUGUUUUGGAUUUUAUUUCUUUCUUUCACUGUGUUGCCAUUUUAAUAUACAGUAUUUCAUUACCCUCCUAACAAUCCAUAACCUCUUCUGACUAGUUUCUGCCUGUUGUUCAAUGCGGCUGGAAUAUGUGAACUUUUUCAUUAUCUAUAAACUAUAUAGUGAUGUAGGUUGAAUUGUAACAGUACUAAUGUAACAGGGUACUAAUAAAGUCCUGAUGCCCUAUUGCAAACUAAAUAUUUGGCAAGUUUAAAAAUAAUCAGCAGCCUCUCUGUAACUGGCUUAAUUUUCAUGCAUCUAAUCUUAUAGCAGCUUGUGGAAGACAUGAAUUGAAAUUAAUUUUAUUUCAAGUGAACGAUAUCUCAAAGUAACAAACAGAAGCAAUUAAUCCUUUGAUUAUGGAAUAGUAAUAUAUCCAUAUUGCUCCCUAAUGUAAACUACGUUUGUGCUAACGUAGGGUGCUUGGUACCAUUUCCAAUGGACUUGAACAUUUUCCUUUAUAUAUUGCUCUCUCAGAUUUUUUUUUCUUCCAGAUAAGAGGAUCAUACAGUCAGAUUGCAAGACCUGUAUCUAGAUUGAGGUAACAGAGUGCCACAAAGAGAGACAAAUUUUAGCAUCCCAGUUGUAUGAUAAUGGGACAAGAGUGGAAGGAAGCCGUCAAAUUGUUAAACUUGUAGGAUAUUGUAUUGUACUUCAUUUAGCACUAGUGUAAGCCAAUCAGCAGUAUCUAUUGUAAAGGAACAGGAAUUUCAGAGGUAAUUUCGAAAAGGACUGUUAUAAAUCAUUUAAGGCCUAAAGUAUGAGUCAUAAAUGGCAACUGAGUUGUGCCUCAUAUUGUUUCUUAAACACUUUAAAAUGCUUUCUUUUACAGAUGACAGGCUGCUUUGCUGUUUUGUCCUAGCAAUACUGUAUAUCAUUUGUUGUUUCACUAUAUUGUAUCUGAGGUAUCACAAUAAAAGUUUUAAUGGUUUUGUUGA